UGAUGGCUGGAAACUCCCCCGCUGUCCUCUGCCAGCCAGAUGGCACCUUGGGAAGGGACAGUGCAAUCCAGGAAAACCAAAGUAAUGGGACACGAGUGGACAGUCUAACACUGGCCUCCAUCAACACUGACUUCGCCUUCAGCCUCUACAAGGAGCUGGUUUUGAAGAAUCCAGAUGAAAACAUCGUCUUCUCUCCACUCAGCAUCUCAGCUGCCUUGGCUGUCCUCUCCCUGGGAGCAAGUAACAACACGCUGCAAGAGAUUCUAGAAGGUCUCAAGUUCAGUCUCACAGAGACCCCUGAGGCAGACAUCCACCGGGGCUUUGGGCAGCUCCUCCUCAUGCUCAGUCAGCCAAAUGAGGAGCUGCAGAUCAGCAUAGGUAGCACCAUGUUUGUUGAAAAGCGCCUACAGAUCCUGGCAGAGUUCAAGGAGAAGGCAAGGGCGCUGUACCAGGCCGAGGCCUCAAGUGUGGACUUCCAGCAGCCUCAUGAGGCCACAAAGCUCAUCAAUGACUACGUGAGGAAUCAGACCCAGGGGAAGAUUAAGCAACUGAUCUCAGACCUAGAUGAGAGCAUAUUAAUGGUGCUGGUGAACUACAUUUACUUUAAAGGGAAAUGGAUGACCCCCUUUAACCCUGAUUCCACAUUUGAGUCUGACUUCUACUUGGACAACAAGACGACUGUGAAGGUGCCCAUGAUGAAACGUAAUUUUCUGAGCACACCCUACUUCCGGGAUGAGGAGCUGUCCUGCACUGUGGUGGAGCUGAAGUACACAGGAAAUGCCAGUGCCCUGUUCAUCCUACCUGACGAGGGCAGGAUGCAGCAGGUGGAAGCCAGCCUUCAGCCAGAGACCCUGAGGAAGUGGAGGGACUCUCUGAUGCCCAGCUUAAUUGAUGAGCUCUAUGUGCCCAAGUUUUCCAUCUCCACGGACUACAGCCUGGAGGGCAUCCUUCAACAGCUGGGCAUCAAGGAAAUCUUCUCCACACAGGCUGACCUGUCUGGGAUCACAGGGGCCAAGGACCUGAGUGUUUCUCGGGUGGUCCACAAAGCUGUGCUGGACGUGACUGAGACAGGCACAGAAGCAGCAGCUGCCACCGGAAUGAGGUUGAUGGGAUCGGCUCUAAUUUUGGAACCUCUGGAAGUGCAUUUCAACAGGCCGUUCCUCAUGACAAUCUCUGACACAGAAACUCAAACUUCACUCUUCAUGGCCAAAGUCACAAAUCCCAAUGAAAACUAG